UUCGGAAACUCUGUUACCAUUCACCGACUUUGCAAUUUCAGCUAUGAAAUCUGCUCUCGCCAGAACCGGUUCCGUUCCGGUCAUCUCCCCGGCCGGAGCCCCUUCUCCCUCCUUCUCCAAUUACAGGCCAUUUCACAAGAGCUACGUUUCGUCCCCGAAGAUCUCCCUGCAUUUUGAGAUCAAUCACCGCAGGGGAGCGAAAUCGAGCGGUAUUCGAAGGGCUUCAUCGGAGAGUGACAUCGCGCGAUCGCUGCACCAGAUUUCGAAUCGAUAUGAUCAACUGGGUGGAGUCGGAUCUCGGUCCUUCCCUUCCGGAAUUCCCGAGGAUGAGUUUUUGAACGAAAGUCGAGACGCUGUUGCGGAGGAGUGGAUAAUUCAGGAGGACGAGGAUGAAUUUGACAUCUCUAAUUAUGCCGGUGAUUUCUCUGGAGGCGCUAUUUCGAUGAAGAACGCCGGUUUCUUCGGUUCCGGAAUCGGUAGCGGCGGCAAUAUUGUUACGGAUACAUUUUCCGGCGGAAGUAGCGACCGCAGUAAGAUCGGAGCGUACUACGAAGAGAUGUUGAAAUUGAACCCUAGCGAUUCUCUUUUACUGAGAAACUAUGGCAAAUUCUUGCACGAGGUGGAGAACGAUGCGGUACGAGCAGAGGAAUUCUAUGGCAGAGCAAUAUUGGCGAGUCCAGGAGACGGAGAAUUGUUGUCUCUGUACGGAAAAUUGGUAUGGGAGACUCAAAGAGACGAACAAAGAGCUAAAUCUUACUUCGAUCGCGCCGUCUACGCCUCCCCUGACGACUGUUCGGUGUUGGGAUCGUACGCCCAUUUCUUAUGGGAAGUUGAAGCAGAUGAGGAGGAGGAGGAGGAAGAAGAAGAAGCAGCAGCAGCAGAGAAGGCAGAGGUACCCCCGGCGGCUCUCGUAGCGGCAUUUUAGUCGAUCAAGCUGCCGGCAAACGAAACGAUGGUACGAAAUCGUCUUCACGAUCCACGAUUUUACCAAAAUAAGAAGAGAACUAACAAAAAGUGGCACGUGAUUUCUGCAUGUGCAUUCGAAAGAGGAGAUAAGAUUAAGCAAAAGCAUGGUCUGUCAGUAUUUUAUAUUAAAUUAAGACGUACUUUUUAUAUUGUUUUUGUUUUCUUAUGUAAAAGUGUAAAUUAGUUUGUCGAUGUUUGCUUCUAACUUAUCAUUGUAAAUCAAUUCCUAAUGAGUCCGGAUAAUAAGAAAAAAUAUGAGAAACUUUAGUCUACUUUUGGUCGAAGUUGCCUACUUUAAUCAGAAUUAAUUCAGAUGGACUGAUUAUUUUAGAUUUAAGUA